AUGGUCGUCAACCGUGGUGUUUACACCGACGUCUCCCACAACCUUUAUGUCGCCGACACUAUUCAUGCCAGUUCGACUCUCCAGCCCGGAGAAAUAACCAUCGCCAUAAAAAGUAGCGGGAUCUGCGGCUCCGACGUCCACUUCUGGAAACACGGCGGCAUCGGCCCCUGGAUAGUAACGGCUCCGCACGUUCUAGGCCAUGAAUCAGCCGGUGAGGUCGUGGCCGUCCACCCGUCCGUCACAACCCACAAAGUAGGCGAUCGCGUGGCCGUCGAGCCCCAUAUCGUCUGCUUCGCCUGCGAGCCCUGCCUCACGGGUCGGUACAACGGGUGCAAGAAUUUGAUUUUCCGAUCGAGUCCGCCCUCUCACGGGCUGCUACGCACCUAUGUCAACCACCCGGCGGUGUGGUGCCAUAAGAUUGGAUCGCUGUCUUUCGAUGACGGGGCAUUGCUGGAACCGCUCAGUGUGGCACUCACGGGUGUGAUGAGGGCCGGGGUGACAAUUGGGGAUCCGGUGCUGAUUUGUGGUGCUGGGCCAAUUGGGUUGAUUACACUGCAGGUUUGUCGAGCAGCGGGAGCAUGGCCUUUGGUCAUCACAGAUAUCAACGAGGCUAGGUUAAAGUUUGCCGCUGAGUAUGUUCCCGGCGCACGGACUUGUCUCGUGCGUCCGACGGAGAGUCCGGAGCAGUGUGCCGAGGGGGUCAACGAACUCAUUGGCGAUGGCGUGGAAGUGGCAAUUGCUUUGGAGUGCACCGGGACUGAGUCGAGCUUGGCCGCAGCAGUAUGGAGCGUCAAGUUCGGUGGCAAGGUGAUCGUGAUCGGAGUGGGAAAGGAUCAUUUGCAGAUCCCCUUUAUGAGAAUGAGCGCUCAGGAGGUUGAGCUCCAGUUCCAGCAGAGAUAUGUGAAUAUGUGGCCAAGGGCUAUUCGCGUUUUGCAGAGCGGAAUGGUCGACCUUAGCAAAUUGGUCACGCAUGAGUUUGAACUGGAGGACGCGCCUAAGGCGUUCGAGGUCGCAGCAGAUCCGACAUGUGGUGCCAUCAAGGUGCUAAUUCGGUCUUCAUAG